CUUCGCGCAGAUCGUAACGUCCUGGGAGCAGAGCUUGGAAGGUAUGUUUUUCUUUGGUAUAAGUUCGCGAGAUUGUUCGUAUGAAGUCUUUCUUACAUCAAUGUAUCUGUAGUCACCAUAAGGGAUUCCUACAGGUUUUUCCUUAAUCUUCAGAGGUUUGUGAUUCGGCCAAUUUCGCAUUGGCUUCAUUGAGCUCUUUCAAUAAAGAUUUGGAUCGAAGUGCUAGUGAAGUAAGAUGCAUUUAGUGAGUCCGUUUAAAGACAAAAUAGAUGCUCAGUGACUAAAAACGUCUGGAAUGUCGCAAAUGUGAAAUUCGCGGACUGUUGAUGAGAUAAUUUUUCUUUUCAACUAUCCCCACUGAGCAAUUUCCUGCUUCGACUUAGACUGAAAAAACGUUUUAGCUAGUAAUUUACAUCUCUUCCUCGUAAUAUUAUUUUUUUUCACUGAUCAUCUUAGAAGUCACUCGAAGAAUACUGAACUCUUCGGGACUGGUCAUUAUAGACCUUUAUCAGUUAGGACGGCAACGCUAAGGAAGACGCCGAUUCAAAAAUGAAAAUAUAUUUAUAGUUGGAAUCUCGCGAAUGACUGGAUGUAUUCAGAAUAACAUAUGAGAGGGAAGGUUUCCUUUUCUAGUGACAGGGCAGUGUCACUAUUAUUAUUCCCAGGCGAGGAGGAUAACUGACUCCUCCCCUCCUCUUACGUUAGCUCCUAGUCUUCAAUAUUUCAAGAAUGUUCUGCGGUCAAUUGUUAACCAGUUAAGUAAACUAAAUAAGUGGCGAUUAAUAGCAUGAGUUAACAAGCAAUGACGCUGCUGCAGGAUUCCUUUUUAAUCAUUUUGCUUGUUCUUAAAAUGUGUGCAUUUUUUGUUUUUUUAAUUUAGGUACAUCAACUGGGAGCAUAUUAAAAGCGCAAUGGAAGUUCUUUACUCCUUGUUGAUCAUUUUUUUAAUGGCUGACACCUGCUGCAGCCAGACGUGCUCGAAUGCAAAUUGGUGGCAUACUUUUGACCGAGAGGGAUGGUCUUAUUGUGACUGCAAAAAUCAAUACAUGACUGGUCUUUGGAGGAAUGAUGCUAAAGGUUCAGAUGAUGGUAUCUAUCUCAUAGAGCAUGUUAAGUGUUGUGUUGCGCCUUACGGCAUGAAAGAUGUGCCAGCAUCCUGCAAGACAGCCAACUGGUGGAAAAUUCUUGACAGGUAAUUUGGCAAGGAAUAUUUAGGCUUUUUUAUUCUUACGUUAAAAAACAAUUAUUACCUUUUUGUUGCACUUAAUGUUUUUAUUUUCUACCUCAUUUUCCUUUUUUUACUUCACGAUAGCACUAACAAGUGGGCAACCUGUCCAGAUGGGUAUUUUAUGGGAGGUCUUUAUAGGACAGGGAAAAACCAUUGGCUGCAUAACAUCGAAGAGGCUCGAUGCUGUAAGCCAGAGGGCUUGCCAGAUAAAUAUGCAGACUGCUAUAAUGAGAAUGUUUGGGGUUCGUUUGAUGGUAAAGGACUUAGCGAGUGCAAGCGAGAGGGCUACUACAUGGCUGGAAUAUUCAGAGGGAAAUGUGACAAGCUGUACUGUCUUGAAGAGUUUAAAUGUUGUCGAAUGAUAGGUAAACGCGAUGAUAUCAUAACUUAUAUAAUAAGAUAG